AGCGCUUGCUCUGGUCUGGUGUGAGGCCGAGGCUGAGCUGAGGGCGGAGCUGGCGGGAGAUCAGGAUGGCGGCCGUGUGGAGAGAGAGCCCGCGGGGAGUGAGGUGCAGUGUAUAGAAUGCUGAGCGAGCAGCUUGGAGAAUAGAGGAAAUGUAACAGUUCUGGAAAUGACUAUAAGCCUCUGCAUGUCCUCUGUGCCACAGCUCAGUGCGUCUGGAACCCUAUGGAGAAGAAGGAUUUUGAGACAUGGCUUGAAACCCUUUCGGCAUCAUUCUUCGCCCUGACGGACCUGCAGAAAAAUGAGACCCUGGAUCACUUGAUCAGCCUGAGUGGAGCGGUGCAGCUGCGACACCUCUCCAAUAAUCUGGAAACUCUGCUGAAGAGGGACUUCCUGAAACUGCUUCCCCUGGAGCUCAGCUUCUACUUACUCAAAUGGCUGGACCCCCAGACGUUACUCACAUGCUGCCUAGUUUCGAAGCAGUGGAACAAAGUUAUCGGUGCCUGCACGGAGGUGUGGCAGACGGCGUGCCGGAGCCUGGGCUGGCAGAUAGACGAUGCCGUGCAGGACACUAUUCACUGGAAGAAAGUCUACUUGAAGGCUGUGUUACGCAUGAAACAGCUAGCCAACCAUGAAGCUUUCCAGACGGCGACGCUCAUCGGACACAGCGCCAGAGUUUAUGCACUUUAUUAUAAGGACGGCCUCCUUUGCACAGGUUCUGAUGACUUGUCGGCAAAGUUGUGGGAUGUGAGCACCGGCCAGUGCAUAUACGGAAUCCAGACCCACACGUGUGCCGCUGUGACGUUUGAUGAACAGAAGCUCAUCACCGGCUCCUUUGAUAACACGGUGGCUUGCUGGGACUGGAGCUCCGGGGCCAGAACGCAGCACUUCCGGGGUCAUACCGGAGCAGUGUUCAGUGUGGACUACAACGAUGAACUGGAUGUACUGGUGAGCGGAUCCGCAGAUAACACUGUGAAAAUCUGGGCCUUAUCGUCAGGAUCAUGCUUGAAUACACUCACUGGUCACACCGAGUGGGUCACAAAGGUUGUGCUACAGAGGUGCGAGGUGAAGUCUGUGAUGCACAACCCCGGAGAUUACAUUCUACUGAGUGCCGAUAAGUACGAGAUUAAGAUUUGGCCUAUCGGAAGAGAAAUUAACUGCAAGUGUCUGAAAACGCUGUAUGUGUCGGACAAUCGCAGCAUCUCCCUCCAGCCACGCCUGCACUUUGACGGCAAAUACAUAGUCUGCAGCUCUGCCUUAGGACUUUACCAGUGGGACUUUGCAAGCUAUGACAUCCUGCGAGUUAUAAAAGCACCAGACUCCACAAACCUUUCCUUGCUGGGCUUUGGGGAUAUUUUCGCCCUCCUGUUUGACAACCAUCACCUGUACAUCAUGGACUUACGGACUGAAAAAGUCCUCAGCCGCUGGCCCUUACCCGAAUACCGAAAGUCCAAGAGGGGCUCCAGCUUUCUGGCUGGAGAAAUGGCCUGGCUGAACGGCCUGGACGGUGUGAAUGACAGCGGUCUGGUCUUUGCCACCAGUAUGCCGGACCACAGUAUCCACCUGGUGUUGUGGAAGGAGAACGGCUGAGAGCACGGGGAACUUGGGGACUAGAUGUUUUUAACAGGACACUGGGUUGGACGGACGGAUCAGCGAACACUUUCAGAACAUAACGUGCAUGAACCAAAGUUUCCCACAAUGCAGUGCACAAUCAUUAUUUUAUUUUCCUUUGGAUCACUUUUGGAAGGAAAUAGCCUUUUUUUUCCGGACACCAUCCCAAUACCGCAUGAUGAGACCAUUUCACCGGGUAUUUUUACAUUCAUCGAAUGAAUUAAUUUUGCAAUUCUUCCUUACCGGUCGGGCCGCAAUACUUUUCUCUAGGCUUGUUUUAAAGAAUAAUUUCUUAGGAUAUAAGAUCACUCCAUGGUGCAACAAAUCCAUUUGUACUUAUAUAUUUCAGUCUUUAAUAGUGUUUAUACAUGUAAUCUAUUUUAAUACGAAAAUAGUCCUAACAAUUUGCUAGUCUGUCUAUAACGUGGACACAUCGUCAUCAUAGGAGCGAGCAGGGGAUGCCGCUGACCUGACAUCACCUCCGAAUGUUAUAUAGAGCGCACUUCAGCCCUGGAACGAGCAGCGGGAUCUCUCUCCAGCCAUGAGCAAUCGUAUAAAGACUGUUAUUUAGGGUGAUGUCACCUGUACACUUAUGGGGGGAGGGGAAUUCACAAUCUCCCCCGCUCCGGUCACAAUAAAAGCUUCACGUACCCUG